AUGAACCCAUCUGCGCUGCCGCUGGCCCAGACACCGCCGAACGCUCCUCCCUCGUCUGCCGAUGAGGUGGCAGCCCGCUCCACGUCCUCACCACUUGCACGCCUAUCGCCCGCACGCUCCUCCCCGUCUUCACCCAAGCGCCCCGAGUCCGCCGCUGCCCUUGAAAGCACCACAAAGCUUGCAAGAAACGUGUCGCCGGGCCUGCUGGCCCGCAUGAAAUUCCUGAACCAGAAUCAGGCACCAGAAUCUAACCGUGGCUUUUCACCCGCGCAAAUAGGCCGCAUCUCGGAAAGCAAGAUCCGCUCGCUCGACAACUUCCACAGAGACCGCCGCAGCUUUCAGAUUGAGCGCAGGGGCACAGCCUGGAGCGGCACUAGCAGCCAGGUUGGCACGCCGCUCAUACCGCAGUUGACGGGCGAGUCGGUGCCGGCGCUGGCAAUGGACGCCAGCCCGCCCUCGAGCUUCGAAAGCAACCGCAGCAGCUUCGUGAGCACCAGCGACAGGGUCUUGCCCUCUGAUUCGGAAGCGGGCGAUCUGAACGAGGACCACCAGAAAUACCGCCUCCCCGACAUCACCAAAACAAAAAGCCUCUCGCGGGCCGUCACCGAAACGGAGGCCAGCAGCGACACGGAGCUGGGCCGACCACCCACGCCGCCGCCUAAAGAUACACCACCCGCCGUCGAGCCCUCGGUCCUCGACAGUGAAAAUGGCAUCGAUGUCGACGCCUACUUUCACCAGCGCCACUUCUCGCGCGCCAAUUCCAUCUACACCCUCUCCCGCGCAAGCUUCACCAAUCAGAUCCAACAGUUGACCUCCAUCAAACUGCCGCCGCCCGAAUCGCUCACCUCAGAGAUCCGCGCGCUUCCUUCCUCAACGGCCGCCGGUCGGGCGUUACACAGCGCCGCGAAUAGCAUAAAACAAUGGAUGGCCAAGGCAGCAGAGGUCCUUAGCGGACUUGAUGCCGAGGACGACGUGGAAUGGGCUGCUGCUGCUGGACGUGAAGGCUUGGAAGAGGUGGACGCUGCCAUUGGCAAGUUCGAGGGUCUGGUCAAUGUUUACAUUACUGCCAUCGAGGACCUCCAAGGCAGAGACGACAUUGCUACCUUACCGGGCCGAGAUCUCACUACACUAGUGGUUCAGAUGGAGGAGGUGGUUAGCAACUGGUCCAAAAUCAAGAAGACACUCAAAGGCAUCAAAUCGCAAGUGGAGAUGGCGAUGGAGUGGGAAGAGCUCUGGAACACCGUAUUGGGAGAGAUUGGCAUGGAGAUUGAGAACCUCAGCCGCCUGGUAUUCGAAAUGGAAGAACGCCGACACCGUGCAAUCAGUGACUCAGUCGCCGAAUCUGCCGAAACUUUCAAUAUUGCGGAUCUCGAAACGAUCGUUGAAGAGACUCCUCGUCAGCAAGCGCGUGAACAGGCGCGGCUGCAAAGCAAUCGGUUUAGCAUGCCGAUACUGCCUACGCUCUCGAUCAUGUCCCCCGUGUCACCCAUUCCGCAGAUUGAGCAGGAAAACUCCCGACUCCUCGCACUAUUUGCGAAGCUGCAGCCCUUGCGCGCCUCCCUCGACUUCCUGCCCAUGCGACUACAGCACUUUCACAUGCGCGCGGGUAACUUGUUCCCUUCUGCAUGUGACGAGCUUACUAGGCGGAAGGAACAGCUCGAGAAAUUGGAGAAGAAGCUGGAAGCUGAUGCUGAUGCCUUGAGGGAAGAGCUUGGCGAAGACAAAUGGGUGCACAGUUUUCGACAGGCUGGCAGCAAAGCGAUUGCAAUGUACGAUUCGCUGAUGAAGAGUAUACAGAGACUCCGACAGGUCAUCGAAGAGGGUGACGACGAGAAGCUCGGCUCUCGCAUGUCGACAUACAAGGACAAGCGCGAGCACUACCCACCUUCGAUGAAGCGGGUAUUGGAGCUGAUCGACAUUGAGAUGAAACACCGGUCAACCGUCAACGGCGAGAUCUUACGCAUUCAGCAAGAUGUCAGGCAGAAGGUCUCUGACUUGCAGGUCCAAAUGAAGGAGAUGGACAUGGUCCUCGAAGAAGUGACGGCCUCACGGAAGCUGCGCGAUUCGGUGUCUACAGUUUUAUCGGGUCGAACUGAAGCAUCACUGACAGGCUCUGCUUUAGAUACGCCCAACAGCUCACCUGCCUCGAGCGUCAUUAUGAGCCGGAAAAGUAGUGAAUACGGCCGCAUAACUCCAGUCGGAAAGAGUUCACGUCAGCCAAGCACAUCCAGCACGAAGCCUUCUCUGUCAGCGAGUCGUCGCUUGUCUAGCCUACCGAUGGCCACGAGCAGCACUGGACGCAAGGCAAUCUCGUCCUCUCGAUUGGAAGCACUGGCUACCCCCAGUCAUCCUCCGCGAUCCAUGUCUAGUACUCCAACACGGCAGCUACAUUCAGCAACCCCAUCAUCUGAAAAACCAAGAUGGAACUGUAGCGUCAACAUGCGUGAUACUGUAGUCGGACACAACUUCAAACCGUUAUCUCUGACGACCCCUUCACCUCAUCGGAAGGAUCCUACUACCCCUCUUAGGACUUUAAGGAGUGUGUCUAGUCACUCUGCCAUUCCUGUUCGUAGCCCGCUCAGCCAGGCGUCUGCGCUCUCGCCUUCUUCCUUGCGUCCUGCAUCCACCACGCCCGCACAACUGUCUAUUAAUCGGCGUCCUUUGGCCAGCCCUAUGCAGUCUCCCUCAACACCGGCCCGUGGCAAGUCUGCCCUACAGACUACGCCCACUUCGUCGUUGUCGUCGUACCGCACGCCAACCUCGGGUCGCAGAGUGACAAUCGCAGAGGAGGAGAGUGACAGCACGGCCACUGAAGAGAGUCCCAUGGCUCGUCGCGCCUCGCGCCCGGCAAGUGCCAUGACAAGCCGCCGCACCAGCAUGUUGCCCACGCCCAAACAGCGCACCACUAGCGGCACAAAUAUCCCGGUGGUUACAACUUCGGGGACACGCACUCACAGCAGGUUAGGCAGCACUGAGGACGGUCGCAGAAGCAAGCUCGGGCUCGACGCAGGGCGCAAGAGCUCUCUCGGCACAGCCAGUGGCCGCAAGUCUAGCUUGGACGGCCGCAAAUCGAGCUUGGACGAGCGCCCACGAUGGAGGUAG